AUGAGAAUCUUUUUACUCUUGCCCACUAUCUUCCUUGUUGUCAUAUGCAAAGGUCACAGGAAUUUCUCCACAAGGAAUAAUUAUCUACAAUACUUGAGAUCACAAACAUUUAUGCAGGAAAAACCGAAAUACCAGAAAUUAAAUCAGAAUUAUUCCGAGGACCUAAACGAGUUUGAUGAAUAUGAAGAUGAAGAGUUGGAUACGGAAAAACAGGAGGAUAUAAAUAAAGCGAUAAUGAGAGAUGGGACGAGUCCCGCAUAUACCACCAAAGAAAGUAGAAUUAGCAAUAGUAGUAACAAAAACAAACUAGAAUUUAAAAAUAUAGAACAGGAAUUACAAAACACUGGAGAAGUUUUAAACGAAGAAAAAGAUAACCUGCUUCUAAUGGGAGGAGGUCGAGAGUGCUCUGUUAGCGCUAAGGGCACAUUAGAUGUAUCAAUAAAUUCAAGUGAUAUUUUUAAUUUAAUUAAGUACAAUGUAGAAAUAUCUUCAUCUAGUAUAUUGAUUAGGGAUAUAAAUAAUUCCAAUGUUGUGAAAGAAAUACCAUUUAAAAACAUAAAACUACCAAUAGAAACAAUUGAAGAAACAAGAGAGUGCUGGAAUAUAAAAUUUCAUAAGGAAAAAAUCCUUUUCUGUGAAAAAAAAAAAGAAGACAGAGAUAGAUGGAUUACUAAUAUAUUAAAAGCUUUAUUUUGCAACAAUACAAAUAAUUUAACUAUUGAAGAUGGUGUGCAUAAGGAUUUUAGCACAAAGGUGGAUAUUCCAAAGGAAUCAACUGUCGAUGCCAGAAUAGCAGCUUCUUCAAAAAAUGGCUCAAGUGAUAGUAGCGACAAUUCUUCGAAUAGUCGUGUAAAACCAAAGGAAAGUAAUAACAUAACAAUAUCUAAUUUAAAAAAUGAAAAACCGGAAAUUUUGAUUAACUAA